GUGAAAACCACACCAUGUGCAGUUCUGAUUGCUGAUUGGAGUUUGGAUCUGUCAAAUGAUAAAACCCACGAAAAUACAAGUUGAAAAAAAGCUAGACUGAGACCACGAAAGGAAAGAAGCCAGUGGAGGUGUGAUGCAUCUUUCUAUAACAGUUCAGGUGUUUUAACCAGUGGGGAAUGAUGUGUGAAGGGAUGAGCUCCUGGAUUUUGACCCACCAGUGUGUCUUGGUGCUGUUCUUCUACUGUAUGCCAAUAUGCCAAGCCUUUCUUCCCAACUUCUGGUCACGCGUACUAACAUUGUCCUGGGAUUCAUACACACACCAGUACAUGACAGAACAAGCUAUACUGAACAUCACAAUGGAAACUCUGAGCAAAAUGAUGGAACAUCAACAUGAUGUAGAUCAUGAGGAGCUGUAUACUGGGCUUGGUCGGGGGUUUUGGCAUGCUGUGGGAGAGGUAGCAAGUGCUAAUGCUGAAAUGGAUUUCUUGAGCUCCACAUGCUCUGAUCCAGUCUACCACUUUGACUCUGAGAGAGUGGAAGGAGCCACCCAGAUGCUGCGAGAGUUCUGGGGCCGGACGGUACUGCAGACCCAGGCUAAAGAGUACCAGGGGGCCAGACGUAGCCUGGGUCAGCUUUUCCACUCAUUACAGGACUUUUACAGUCACAGUAACUGGGUGGAGAUGGGUCAGCAAGCAGUGUACCUCCAUCUUCUGCACCCAGAAGAGCCGUCAGUUCCUGUAGCUUCAGAGGAAACCCCAACCUGUGCAGAGUGCUACAGAUUUAGCUGUUACAAUAAUCUGUUAGAGAAAAUGAUUCGUCAGACAGAACCGCUACUGACUACUGGCUAUUUCAGCGCUUACCCUGUCAAACCUCCAGGAAAGUGCAGUCACGGUGGGAUUCUGGACAGUAGUCGUCACCAGGGAGCUGAGGGAGGAAUCAACAAGGACAGCACGUCUCCGCUGUUCUCCCCUCAUCACUACCUCCAUAAAGAAGCUGCCCAUCUGGCUACCACAGCAACCCUCAGAGUGCUCCAUGACCUCCACAAUGAGGUGGGGCCCAAAAGUUUCCUCAGGCUCUUCAGUGUCCAGCAGCCCCCGACAUUGGUCUUUGUCAUGGACACAACUGGCAGCAUGUUUGAGGAGAUCACAGCUGCCCGUCUCAGAGCCCUCUCCAUCAUACAGGCCCGUAAAAAGAGCCAACGCACUAGUCUGCAUGGCACCUUCAUUCUGGUGCCUUUUCAUGACCCUGGUUUUGGGCCAGUGAUGGAGACAGAUGACCCUUAUCAGUUCAUGCAGUACAUGGAGGAUCUGACGGCUCUUGGAGGUGGGGAUGAACCAGAGAUGUGUCUCUCUGCCCUUCAGUUGGCUCUGACCCAUAGCCCUCCGCUGUCAGAGAUAUUUGUAUUCACAGACGCCUCUCCUAAAGACCAUCAUCUGGAGAGUGCAGUCCAGGCUCUCAUACUGGAGAAGCAAACAAAGGUGAACUUUUUGCUCACUGAAGAUCUAAGCUUCACAGGAAGAGGAAAAGGGAUGAGAAAAAGGAAAAGAAGAGAAUCUUUAUCUCCUGGUAGAUUCUCUCUAUAUUCCUCUCUUUCUUCUUUGUCUGGAGGAAUGACCAUCUUCACAACGAAAACAGACAUCCACAAUGUGUCAGCCAUUGUAGAAGACACCACCACCUCAAGCAAGGUGACUCUGCUUCAUGCAGAGUGUGAAUCAGAUUCAUCAAACUCCUUCAGAGUGGACAAAGCGGUGUCAAAAGUGAUUCUGCACAUCACUGGUCAGCUCACACAUUGUGAGCUUGUCAGUCCCUCAGGGGUUCAACAAUCUCUUCCUGGUACUGACGGUCCUCUGGCAGUGCUAGACUCGCCUAAGGGUCUAAAUAGAAUAAGUCUGCUGCCUCCACUAGAGACAGGUAUAUGGCAGCUUACAGUCAAAACCAUUGGGCCAAUGACAUUCAACGUACUAGGUGACAGCAGCUUGGACUUCCUGUACUAUUUUGCAAGAGAAGCCAAUGAGACACAUCCAGGACUGAGGAAAAUGGAGGGCAGCCCUAUAGCAGGAGUCCCAGUGUUUUUAGUGGUUACAGUGACAGGCAUGUCACCCAAUGAGGAGGCCUCAUUCAGUCACGUGACCCUGGUGGGGCCUAAUGGGGAGAGCCUGCAGGAGGUAUUGCUAAACUCCACCUCUUCUCAUUGGUUUGAAGAGGAGCUAGUGGGGUACAUGGACUCAGUUCCCAGGAAGCCAUUCAGCAUGCGUCUCUCUGGAAAGGAUAGAAGGGGAAACUUGCUCGAAAGAGUUUCUACGGAGAUGAUUCGACCGACACAUGUACAGAUAAAGGUGCAUUCAGCUCCACAUCUUCUUCCAGGGCACAGUUCAACUGUGCUGUUUGAGAUAAUUAAUCAUGGUCCCAGUCGUCAUUUUAGUCUUUCAGCAAAAGAUGACCAUAGGCAUCUCUCCCACCCAUACCAACAAAGGCUGUUUAUUGGUGCAAGGGGCUCUGUGAAGAGGGAGAUUGAACUAAGGACCCCUCAUACAGCACAGGCAGGGACAGCCAUCACCCUGACUCUGACUGUUCAAGCAGAAGACUUACCAGACUCUUUUAUAAAUUAUGCUGUGGUACAUCUGGCAGUGAUACCAGAGGAGCCUGACAAAAUGCCUCCGGCAUGUUCUUACCUGCACAUGGAGUCCUCCUGCCCCUCUCUGUGCUCUCAGAGAAGCUGGAAAGUCUCACUUGAAGCAAAAGACAGAGGUCACUCUGGACUGGCAUCCAUACAGCUGGCACAAGGAGAAGGCACUCUCGUUCUGUCUGAAGUGUCUAUGCAGAGACGUGAAGAACAUUUCCCACAGCUUCAUGAAGAGACCACAGUAGGAGUCCAUCUUCCAUUGCUACAGCCACAAAAGGACACCUCAGAACAUCACUUUGGAACAGAAUCUGAACAAAGGCUGGACGGAGUCCAGUUAUUUAAGGGGGAUCAUCCAGUGAACAUCAGUGAAUGGACUAAGGGGAAACCCGUAAUUAUGCAUUAUUCCUCAGGCUGCUGUGCCCCUCAUGCAGAGAUAGUGCUGUGGGAUAGAGCGGGUAAUAUGAGACAAUGUCAUCUCAAAGCCAGACAGGAAAGGGCAUUACGAGAAAAGAACAGGGCGCACAGUGGGGAAUCUACUUCAUGGCUAGUUCUCAUGUUGUGGGGCCACUUAACAUUGACCUUUAUCAAUGACCACAAAUGAAAUUUGCUUGAGUUAUCCUUAUUAUGCAACUAUGUGUGGACACAUAUUAUUAGUCUUUAGUACCUAGCAUGCUUAAAGGGAUUGUUCACCCAAAAAUUCUGUCAUUAAUUACUCACCCUCAUGUCGUUCCAAACACAAGACCUUCGUUCAUCUUCGGAACACAAAUUAAGAUCUUUUGGAUGAAAUUCGGGGACUUUCAGUUGGCUAUUUUUGUUUUCUUUGCACACAAAAAGUAUUCUCGUAGCUUUAUAAAAUUAAGGUUGAACCACUGAUGUCACAUGGACUGUUUUAACAAUGUCCUUACUAUCUUUCAGGGCCUUGAAUGUGGUAGUUGUGUUGCUGUCUAUGCAGGGUCAAAAAGCCAACAGAUUUCAUAAAAAAUAUCUUAAUAUGUUUUCGGAAGAUGAACGAAGGUCUUACGGAUUUGGAAUGACAUGAGGGUGAGUAAUUAAUGACAGAAUUUUCAUUUUUCCCUUUAAAGGUGGGGUAUGUAAUUUUUCAAAAAUGCUUUAGAAAACUGAGUCGGGGUCAAGUACCAAAACAAACUUGUAGCCAAUCAGCAGUAAGGGGCGUGUCUACUCAUGAUGUGGAGGAGAGAACGUUUAGUCAACAGCCAAGCCGAGUGACAGAAAGAUGGCGGAUAAAAAAAAACAAGAGGAAAACGUCUGCGGAAUGGUAAGGCAAGAAGUAGGACCCGUGUAAAUAUCGGAUCAGCUUUCCAACGCUGGAGAGAACUCAAGGAGCGGAAGGCCUGCGAUCGGAUGCAGAGGUUGCUUUGUUUCUUCUCGAUAGGUGAGUAACACACCGGAAGCGCUGCGCUGCAACAGCUAAAGUCUAACCACACUGGACGCGCUAAAGCGACCGUUGACAAUCAUUUGAAAUUUGUGUCAACACGUCAUAAAUAGAACGCAGUACCAGUUUUCUGUCAGGGACUUCUUGUGUCAAACCACGCAGCAUCCAGUGUAGACAGCAUCUACGAUUAUAAUGACUUCUAUAGUAUUUUGUCGUGCCACUCGCGUCUGGUGUAGACACAGUGUAACAUUGGUUUUGCUUUGUUUCACAGAACUAAAUGUUGCCUGAGUUGCGUAGGCUACGUAUGUGUGGGGCGGAGCUAUCAAAAUAGGGGCGAGACCCUUUUGGGAUAGGGGCGUGUUCGUUUUGGUGAUUUCAAAUAUCAACAUUGGCUUCCAGAAAUCGCUUACCCCACCUUUAAAUACUAGUGCACUGAAAAACAAGAAAUGUUACUCAGGGAUGGUAUAUUAUGUGAAUGUUUAGGUCUUCACAGGACAUUUGUAUUAUUAUGUUAGAAUUUUUGUACAAACAAAAACUUAAAUCAAUGAUUUCAAGUUUUCACAAUUAAUAACAUCAAACAGAGUGCUCUGUGCAAUCAACUUUUUUUAUUUUAGCUGCCAUAAAACUUCUCUGUUUUUACGUGUCUUGCAUAUGUCUGUUAACCCUUACCCCUUAGACUUUAGUAAAACAUAAUGUGGCAUGGCCCAAAGGAAAAAAAGAAAGGCUGCAAUCACACUUGACAAUGCCAUCACAUUUAUAGGUUAUAAAAUUGCAAGGUACUCCAGAAAUCAGGUUAUACGAUUUACCUGAGUAAAUUUGGUUUGAACGGAUAACCUUAACUGGAUUAUCUGGAUUGACUAAACUAAUUCUAGACUGUGUUUUUGGAACAGGGAAUAACCAAAGGUUUGCAGUAAUAAACCAAGUGUUCAAGAAUUAUAUCAGGGUUCCUCAAAUCUAGCCAUGGAGGUCCACUGUCCUCCAGAGUUUAACUUCAACUCUAAUCAAAGCUAUUGAAGGUUUUCCAAUUUACUACAAAAAUUACAGGUAUGGUGACCUUGAUUGGGGUUGGAGAAUAAAUUUAAGAUUAAAUAAAUAUAAUAAAUUAGCCUGUUAAUUUAAUUAAUACAUUCAACCACCAUUCAAUCACUGUUGCAUUUAGCAACCUGUUGUUUUAUUUUUUGCAAACAUUGGAGGCUCUUCCAGGGGGAGACUUUGAUACAGAGUGACCAGUGUAUAGACCAAGUGAAUGACUCCUGAAUAACUCAAAACAUAGGCACAGCAAGUGUAGAGCCUAACUGUUUCACUGUUCACAGAUUAAAUCAGUUUAAGCAGUUACUGAAUUAAUCUGGCUCACUGAACCACAAAUUAUUACAUAUUUCCUGAUGACUCAAAAUGAACUAAGAACUCUUAUUAUCUUGCAUAUAAAAACACAGAGAUAUAAACUAUUGAUCACUUUUGUUAUAAUUAGUGGUAUGCAGAACAGGGGCAAGACCAAAGGGCCAGGAAGAUUGAUACCAUGGUUUAAGAGUGUCCAUAACAUCCAACAUGCAUACUACUAUGACUACACCACUCCAAACACUUAUACAAGUAGCUUUAAUGGUAGCUUAGAAAACAACGUAGGUCUUCCUCUCUCAAGUGUAGAUUUGGAAAGCCUACAGUAAUUCAUUCUAGUAAAUAGUUUUUUCCUAGAUGGUUAUUUCGCUCAUACUUUAUGUAUCUUUUAAAUUUCUGACUUCUAGUGAAUUGUUUCAUCUAAACAGUCCUGUAAAUGAACAGAUUAUUAAAUGAUUUCAUGAUUGAUUUGAGUCCCUAUGCAUUCCAUCUCUCAAUUCAUCAGAUCAUUAAUAGAGACUCCAAGAGCUGAAAUUAAUGGUUCAGAUAAGGGAACAGGCUUGGUAAACACAUAGCAAACUACUUGUUCAAAACAGUAGCUUCCCAGCUAACAAAAAUGAGUUGUCAGAACGUUUUGCUAACAUUCCCAUUAAGUUAUGAAAACGUUAUUUCAGAAUGUUUUGUACACGUUGAAAACGUCCAGUUUUUUUAAUGUAUUAAGAAUGUUUUUUGUGGGGUU